CACAGGAAGCAAAACCCCAACACCAUCGUUUGGCUCAAAAUGGCGGCACCCUAACAACAUUCAUUACAUUUAUUAUCAUUAUUAUCUUUCUUCUUUCUCAUCACUUAAAUGCAUUAUUACUUGAAGAAAGUUCAAAGACAAAUGGCAAUAGAUUCGAUUCAAGUUUUCUAGGAACAAUAAAAAGAGAAAAGCCGAGAAUUUCUUCUUUUACUUUCUUUGUAUUUGUUUCUAAAGUUCUAUGGAGGGUGAAAACAGACCCAAGAAAUCAAUACCAUCAUCGGGAUGUGAUGUCGUUUUAGGUUUGAAUAUGCAACGCACCGAAUCUCUUCCUUCUAAAAGGACGAUGGUGAUGCCUCAUCAUCCGACCAUAUGUACCGUUGAUUCUGCUGCUGCUUCUUCUGCUUCCUAUGGUUUGUUCACUUCAAAAAUGUUUUUUUUCUUAGAAAUUAAUUAUGGGUUUUUGAUAUUCUGAUUCGUUUUGCAGGUAUAAACGCCACAGAUCUUCCUCUUACUCCUCAUCUUCAUCUUCUUCCUCCGUCUGUAAAAAUGCCUUUUACAGUCAGUCAAUGGCAAGAACUUGAAAGACAGAGAAUGAUAUACAAGUACAUGUCAUCAUCUACCCCUGUUCCUAAUGAACUUCUAUUCUCUCCACUAAUCUCAGAUCCUCCCUCUUCCCAAUCCAACACAUCCGGGUUGGAAUUGAAGUUUUCGAGAAGCACUGAUCCUGAGCCAUGGCGGUGCAGAAGAACAGAUGGGAAGAAAUGGCGUUGCUCAAGAGAUGUAACGCCUGAUCAGAAAUACUGUGAGCGUCAUGCUCAUAAGAACAGACCCCGUUCAAGAAAGCCUGUGGAAACUCUGACCCACAAUUCCAGUUCCAUUUCUCGCAUUCUGUCGAGCACCUUACCUGCAACUGGAAAUGUUAAUGUUGUUACUCCAUCUCCUCAGCCAUCUUCCAAUCCAGUCUUUCAAUUCCCAUCUUCUUCUUCUGCAUUUGGGCAAACCCAUAAAAGGUCGACGAGUGACUGGUUGUCUAGCUAUGGACAACAAUGGCAGCAAUUCAAUGAAGGAGAUGUUGAUGAAGUACAAGAUGAUCAUGAUAGGAGAAUGAGAGAAAUGUCCCAGAAUUGGCUGUCGAAUGAUCAUAAUCAGUAUCUGUCUUAUAUAUCUCCAAAUAUAUCAGCAAAUUCAAACCAGAUGAUGACGACUAGGCAUUUUAUUGAUGCUUGGCCGUCUUCAUCCUCUAAAGAGAAAGAGGAUUUGGUAUUAAAUGGAGAAGAUAAUGAAAAUGUGAAUUCUCAAUUGGGUAUUGGUAUUCUUACUCAACAAUCUCCAUGGAUGGAUUCUCAUCACCAGCCUGGUGGUCCUUUGGGAGAGGCUUUAUGUCCUAGCAACAACAACAACUCCGGCACGGACACCACCAACGCAGGUAAAAUCUCCGGCCAAGAUGGAGGCCUUGGCUUUCCAUUUUAACUCAUAAAAAUGUUUUUGUUCUUGAGAAUGCAACUCUUAAAAUGUUUUUUUUGUGUGUGUUUUCAGUUAUGUGAUGCAACUUGUUUUCUUCAUUAUAAAGUACACUUAUUUUAUUAAUUUA